UUCUCUGCUAGAUAUACACCUUCACAAUAUGUGUAAACCAUAUGUGUGUUUUGUUUAUUGCUUGUGCACUGAAAAGUAAAUAAAAUGGAUGGGAAAUGGUGGUGGUGUUUAGAGCUAAUGUUAGUGGUGGCCAUGGUGGUGGCUUGGGAAGAGGCACCACUAGUGGGUGCAGUGAGUGCAGCCCAGUGCAAAGGGGAGGUGAGCACUGCGGUUCAUGCAUGCAUAUCGGUGGUAUAUCGUGGGUUUCCAUCGCCCGAGUGUUGCGCGAUUGCGCGGACAGCCCAUACAGAGUGCAUUUGCCCGAAGGUCACCCCGAAGUUGGCUGCACUCGUGGAUGUCAGGCGGGCUGUGAGGCUCGUCGAAGGUUGCGGCCGGAGAGUUCCCCGGCACUUCAAGUGUGGGAGUGUCACCACUCCUUAAGGGCUGCAUAAAGGUGGAAGUUCAAUAGCAAACACAUAAUCAGAGAGGGAAAAGUAUCAUGCCCGAGGAGAGAUUGUUGCAAUUCUGUUAUUCCCCCUUCCUCUCAGUUUAUAUGCAUGGUAUCUGGAUGAUGAUGCUUUCCCAACAUCAAAUAAAAAUGUAUCUGGCUAUUAAAUAAAUGUGUCUGGCUAUUGAAUAAAU